ACUCCCUCCGCGAUACGUUCCUUGUUAUCGAUAGCCUGGCAGGAGCCCGUGCUGCUGGAAGUCACACUGGUUGGCUCUCUCGUUUCUGCAGCUUCCUCAUCCACCCUUCGCCACUCUUCUUCUGCAGCUUGCUGACUUCCGCCAUGGCUUCAGCUUCUUCGCUGCGCUCGCUGCUUCGCCCAGCACGGGCGACAGCAAUGAGCAGAGCAUCGAUGUCUCUCCGCUCGUCGAUUGCGUCUUCUCGCUCUGUCCACAUCACUGCGGAUGCUUCCUCGGCCGACCCGUCCAGCAUUCCAGAGUCCCAGUCAGACGCAUUCAAGGUCCAGCUCUCCCCAGACUCUUUCAAAGAGUACCGGUUGGAUGGGUACGGAGGUGGCCCCGCACUCGAGUACGAGACUUCCAAGGAGAAGCUCGUGUGGAUGUACGAGAGCAUGGUCAAGAUGCGCAGGAUGGAAAUGGCUGCAGACAGCCUAUACAAGCAAAAGCUCAUUCGCGGGUUUUGUCACUUGGCCAUCGGUCAGGAAGCCGUUGCCAUCGGCAUGGAGGCCUCCAUGAAGGCGGAAGACAAGCUGAUCACAGCAUACCGCUGCCACCCUUUCACCGUCAUGCGUGGCGGUUCGAUCAAGUCUGUCAUUGCCGAGCUUUUCGGUCGCGAAGCGGGCAUUAGCAAGGGUAAAGGUGGAUCGAUGCACAUGUUCACGCCCACUUUCUUUGGCGGCAAUGGUAUCGUCGGUGCGCAAGUCCCAGUUGGAGCUGGUCUUGCUUUUGCGCAAAAGUACAACGGCGACAAGAACGCGGUCUUCGCCAUGUAUGGAGACGGUGCUUCCAACCAGGGUCAAGUUUUCGAGGCGUACAACAUGGCCAAGCUUUGGAACCUUCCCUGCGUCUUCAUUUGCGAGAACAACAAAUACGGUAUGGGCACGCCAGCCGAGCGCAGCAGUAUGAACACUUCCUACUACACCCGUGGCGACGUCAUCCCUGGCCUGCAAGUUAACGCGAUGGAUGUUCUCGCCGUUGCGGCGGCAACCAAGUUCGCGAGCGAGUUUACGCUCUCCGACAAGGGCCCGCUUGUCAUGGAACUCGUCACCUACCGCUAUGGCGGCCACUCGCUCUCGGACCCGGGCACUACCUACCGGACACGUGACGAGAUCCAGGCUAUGCGCUCCUCCUCGGAUCCCAUUCAGGGGCUCAAGUCCAAGAUCCUCGAGUGGGGCGUCAUCGACGAGUCGUCGCUCAAGAAGAUUGACAAGGCCGCCAAGGAAGAGGUGGACCAGGCUGUCGAGGAGGCCAAAAAGAGCGACUGGCCUGCGGAGAAGACGCUGUGGGACGACAUCUACUACCCUGGCAGCGAGCCUGCGUACAUGAGGGGACGCGAGCGCGAGGAGGUUCACUACUACAAGUGAACGCUCGGUGGAGCUUUCGCUGCUUGUCUCUUUGCUGAUGAAGCAUGCAGCCAUAGCCAGAUGUUGCGUGUACUUUUCAUAAUCCGCAUUGCAUACAUCCAGAUCAUUUCGACAGA